AUGUCAGGUCCAAUUGUGGAUGGAGUUGUUCAGAGUAAACUAAUCACAGAAGAGGCCAGCAGACGCAUUGCUGAGUAUGCAUUUGAGUAUGCCAGGAAUAACCAAGAACCCAGUGUCACUGCUGUUCACAAAGCCAACAUCAUGCGGAUGUCUGAUGGUCUGUUUUUGCGGAAGUGCAGAGAGGUUGCAGAGAAUUUUAAGGAUGUGAAAUUCACUGAGAUGUAUCUGGAUACAGUGUGUCUCAAUAUGGUGCAAGAUCCCUCUCAGUUUGAUGUGCUCGUAAUGCCUAAUCUUUAUGGUGACAUCUUAAGUGAUCUGUGUGCUGGAUUGAUUGGCGGUCUUGGAGUCACUCCCAGUGGGAACAUCGGAGCCAAUGGCGUUGCCAUAUUUGAAUCUGUACAUGGAACGGCUCCUGAUAUUGCAGGCAAAGACAUGGCAAACCCCACUGCCCUUUUGCUUAGUGCCGUCAUGAUGCUGCGCCACAUGGGACUGCAUGGUCAUGCAAAAAAGAUUGAGACUGCUUGCUUUGACACCAUACGAGAUAAAAAGGUUUUGACCAAAGAUCUUGGUGGAAACUCGAAGUGCUCAGAGUUUACAGCUGACAUCUGCCGAAGAGUGCAGGACAUGGAAUAAGGCUUUUCUAAUAUAUGCAUUUAAAUAUCAUGCCUAAAGAACUGACAGUAAAAAGAAUAUUAAAAAUGAAUCUUCCUACCA